UGUCGACACUCGACGUACAACAAUACGACUGAUACGAGAGGUUACAAUUUUAAUGAGCACAACAGAGCAAUUUCCAUGUCAAACAAAAUUAUUAUAAUUAAAUUAUGCAAGACAAUAUAAUAUAAUGAUGCAUGUACAUAAAGGCUGUGGUUGCUAAACUAGUCAUGGUGUUAUUAUUAUUACUUAAUCUAUAUUUGUAAAGCUAUGCUGAAAUUGUCCAACAGUUUUUACAGAUACUUGAAAGUCACAGAGAGCAUAAGUGUAGGUGCACAUGUAAGAAACUUCACUCAAUUAAGUUGUAGCAGAAAGAAAUGCAGUGUAGAAAGCAGUACAUACACAUUGACAAUAAACUGCUGCCCCUGUACUGCACUACAAUUAAGGUUGCUGUCAAGUAAAAAGAAGAGAAUAAGGAUACAAAUACCAUCUUUAAAAUCAGAUGAAUCUGAAACAUUCAAUCAAAUGAGUGAAUUACAGCCGAAUAACAAUCACAAUAGCCAUGGAGGCCAGCUUAUUGAUUCGCCAGGUAACAGUGUUAAUGAAUGGCAGAUGCAAAUUGGGGAUGACUCCCCACACGAUGCUAAGAUACCAAAGACCAGUGUUCCACCAAAUUUUCGUGUCUGGGAGCCGGUAGGAAAAAGGAGUGACACAAUAUCGGGUUCCUCAUUUAAAUUUAAAGUGCUCUCAUACAAUGUAUUAGCACAGUAUUUGUUGGAAUGUCAUCCAUAUCUGUACACGGGAUCUUCAUCAAAGAACCUGAAAUGGAAGGUGCGUGCGGCACGAAUUUACGAUGAAAUUGUCAAUUUGGCACCAGAUAUAAUCUGCUUGCAAGAAGUGCAGGCUUCGCAUCUAAAAAGUUUUUACUCUAAAUUCGAAAAUAUUGGCUAUGUCGGCAUCUUCAAGCAGAAAACUGGACAUAGAGCAGACGGAUGUGCAAUUUAUUAUAAACAGUCGAUGUUUGAAAAGGAAGAACAUUUUACCGUGGAGUUCCACCAGCCUGAGCUACCAAUUCUUAACCGCGACAACAUUGGCGUUAUGGUGAAGCUGAUCCCCAAGAAUAUGCCCAGAAUGCCCAUAGUAGUAGCUACCACCCAUCUUCUAUACAGCCCUAAGAGAACCGACGUGAGACUAGCACAGGCUCAAGUGUUGCUCGCAGAGUUGGACAGAUUCGCUUACUAUAACAAUGGCAGAGAGUCUGGCCACUUACCCAUAAUUAUGACGGGGGACUUAAAUUCGACACCGGAUAGUGCUGUAAUAAAACUGUUAGAUAGAGGACUCGUCAGAGCCAGCAUGUUCCGGGGUAGUUCGGAUUGGAAACGUAUCGGCGUUACAGACAACUGCCAGCACUUAUCUGUAUACUUGGACCGGAUGCAGGGUAGAACUACAGAAUUUAGCACCACUCAGAUAUAUAACUCGGAGCACAGUGGCGAUCUGUCUGAAUCUAUAUGCGCCUCAUCAUGCGAAGGGUACAGUGCUCUGUUCAACAAGGAUCUCAUCGGCCAUUCACUAAACCUCGUCUCUGUAUACAACAAAUAUAAGCCCGACAAGCAGCGCGAAGCCUCCACCUACCAGGAUCAAUGGGUCACCGUCGACUACAUGUAUUUUAGUUGCUGUUCCGCCCUGUCGCUGUCCAAACGGCUGCGGCUGCCGACGGUGGCGGAGUGUGAGGCGAUGGGCUGCUUGCCAAAUGACGUGUACGCGUCUGACCAUCUUGCGCUCGCUGCAGUCUUCGAGUUGCGACCUCUCGUAUCAUCUUUAUAA